UUCAGUAAUAAACCGGAGUUCGCGCAGUGUCGACGUUCUUUCGCAACACAACAAUAACAUAACCUCAUUGUUGAGUUGUUAUCGGGAAACUUUCACUGGCAAGUUGUGAAUACUAGUGUACGGAGCGAUUGAUGCACCCGUGAACAUUGACACAAUCGGUUUUAAUUCAUCUUCUAGAUAUUAUCUUGUUCGAAACGGGAUUUCUGUUUUGACCGCGUGUGUGUGAAGUGUUUACAAAGUUGGCAUUGUUGUUUGAUAUUGUGCAGUGUGUGUGUGACGACCGUGAACUUGUUGCUGUGACUAACAGUAAGGUGUAGAGACGGCCUCAAGCUGGCUUCGUCGGGCUCGGGUAGCCCGGCGCCGCCGCCGGUGCAAUGGCGAGUUCGGAGGAAACCAGUGUUUUUUAUUUCAGGUAAUUUCCACCCGGUGAGGAAAUUCGACGGAUUUCAUUCAUUUAUCCGCUGCACCAGUUUAGUGUUUGGCUGGGAGGGUGAUGGCUACAGAUGAUUAUUUAGUGGUUAUACGUUGUGAUUAGUGGUAGUGAGUCGUUGGAUCAGUGACUAGUGUAGUGCAAUCAUCAGUAGUGUGGUAGCCAGUGAUGUGACAGUCUAUGGAAGUGUCAGGGUGUACUCGGAAUGUUCACGAAGAACACCAGGGCCCCUGAGCGGUGCCAUCACCCCUCCCAUAGGAGCUGCAAGAAGAAAAAGCACCCUCCGCACACGCCCUGGAAAUACUUGAUGAAUUGCCCACUCGUUAGAAAAUGUUUCGGUCUUCAGUUGCGGAGCAUCGAGGAGCCGCCGGGCGGCGCGGGCGGUGGCGUGCCCGCGCCAGCCUGCUACGACGCGGAGUGCGCCCGCACAGAAGCCUGGCUCGAUGAGAACCAGGAGUUUGUGCACGACUACUUUUUGAGGAAGGCAACGCGGCAGGUGGUGGACGCGUGGCUGGUGUCGCACGCGACGCCGCAGAGCGCCGAACUUGCGUCCCCCUCCAGAGCUGGCUCGGGCUCGGGCGCCACUACGCCGGUCAGGAAGAUCUCUGCGCACGAGUUCGAGCGCGGAGGACUGCUCAAGCCGCUGGUGACGACGGUCGACGGCACGCCCACCUUCCUCGGCGACCAGCCGCCGCACGCCGCGCCGUCGCGCCCGCAGCGACGCUCGCGCCACGAGCUGCGACAGCUCGACGAGAAGGAGCUAAUAUUUGAAUUAGUGAAAGAUAUAUGCAACGAGCUGGAGGUCCGGGUGCUGUGCCACAAGAUCCUCCAGAACGUCUCCAUACUCCUGGACGCGGACAGGGGCUCUCUGUUCCUCGUGCAGGGAGAGCGAGCCUCCUCCCCACACCCGCAGAAUGGAAGAUGCCUGGUGUCGAAGCUGUUUGACGUGUGCUCCAAGUCCACGCCGGAGCAGAUGGAGCAGCUGGAGGAGAUCCGGAUACCCUGGGGCAGCGGCAUCGUCGGCUACGUGGCCGAGAGCGGCGAGCCCGUCAACAUACCUGACGCCUACAAGGACGAAAGGUUUAACCACGACAUCGACCAACAAACGGGGUACAAGACGAGAUCAUUGUUAUGUAUGCCCAUCAAGGACAUCAAUGGCGAAGUCAUUGGAGUUGCCCAGGUGAUAAACAAACAGAGCGACGGACCUUUCACGACGUACGACGAGAAGGUCUUCGCGUCCUACCUCCAGUUCUGCGGCAUCGGCCUUCGGAACGCGCAGCUGUACGAGAGGUCACAGCUGGAGGUGAAGAGGAACCAGGUCCUCCUGGACCUGGCGAGGAUGGUCUUCGAGGAGCAGAGCACGAUAGAGCACAUGGUGUUGAGGAUACUGACACACACGCAGAGUCUAAUACAGUGUCAACGGGUACAAAUACUUCUAGUGCACGAAGCGUCUAAGGGCAGUUUCUCACGAGUCUUCGACCUGGAGGCCGGAGACGAUGAGGAGCCCGGGACGCCGCGGACUUCGCCCUACGAGAGCCGGUUCCCUAUAAACAUCGGCAUCACGGGAUACGUGGCUACCACUGGGGAGACAGUCAAUAUCGCGGACGCGUAUAUGGACGCGCGCUUCGACCCCUCCGUGGACGACGGCGCGGGGUUCAAACACAACACCAUACUAUGUAUGGCUAUCAAAAACUCCGAGGGACGAAUCAUAGGUGUUAUUCAAUUGGUGAACAAAUUCGACGACCUCCUGUUCACGAAGAACGACGAGAACUUCGUGGAGGCGUUCGCGAUAUUCUGCGGCAUGGGUUUACACAACACACACAUGUACGAAAAGGCUAUCACUGCGAUGGCGAAGCAGAGCGUUACACUUGAUGUAUUGAGUUACCACGCGUCCGCAUCACUGGACGACGCCCAGCGGUUAAGGAACUUAAGGAUACCCUCAUCUGCCCACUUCAACUUACACGAGCUCGCAUUUGACGACAUAGACCUUACGGAUGACGACACACUGAGAGCGUGUCUCCGAAUGUUCUUGGACCUCGACUUUGUGGAGAGGUUUCACAUAGAUUACAGCGUGCUGUGCAGGUGGUUACUGAGUGUUAAGAAGAAUUACCGCAAUGUAACGUACCACAAUUGGCGGCACGCUUUCAAUGUGGCGCAGAUGAUGUUCGCGAUACUUACUGAGACGCAAUGGUGGAAAAUAUUCGGCGAGCUGGAGUGUUUAGCUUUAAUCAUUGGCUGCCUGUGCCACGACCUUGACCACCGGGGGACCAAUAACUCUUUUCAGAUCAAGGCAUCAUCACCACUGGCUCAGUUGUACAGCACGUCCACCAUGGAGCACCAUCACUUCGACCAGUGCCUCAUGAUCCUCAACUCGCCAGGCAACCAAGUGCUCGCCAACCUCUCAUCUGAAGACUAUGAGAAAGUGGUCAAAGUUCUAGAACAUGCUAUACUGUCCACCGAUUUAGCUGUCUAUUUUAGCAAACGUAAACCAUUCAUCGAGCUGGUCAGCAAAGAACGCGUGGUGACGCCCGCGUGGGGCGAGUGCGACGAGCGGCGCGGGCUGCUGCGGGCGAUGCUGAUGACGGCCUGUGACCUGGCCGCCAUCACGAAGCCGUGGCCCGUGGAACGACGGGUGGCUGCGCUAGUCGCGGGGGAGUUCUUCCGGCAAGGCGACCUGGAGAGGCAGAACCUCAAUCUUACUCCUAUCGACAUUAUGAAUAGAGAUAAAGAAGAUCAACUCCCUGCCAUGCAAGUCAAAUUUAUUGACACCAUUUGCCUUCCAAUUUAUGAGGCAUUCGCGGUCCUUUCACAAUCGCUACAACCGAUGCUAGACCGAGUUAAAAGCAACCGCGCGCACUGGAUAGAACUAUCCAACAACGACGAGAAAUACGACUACACACUGGACAAGGACCAAAUACCAGAAAGAAAUGACAAGUCUAGUACCAGCUCCCACGUUGACGACACAGAGAACACGUAUGAAGGCGAUAGCAGUGGCGCAGUGAGUCUGUCUUCAGAGACCAAUUCCAAAUACGAGAUACUAGAAAACCCGGUCGUCGGUCUAGUAUGUAACAACACCUUGGCGUUACCGAGGGACCCGAAAAUUUGUCAGCUGAACGAAUUGAAUUAAAUGAUUGCGUCCAACACCUUGCAUCUUUGACCAAUUGUCUUGAAUACCAGCUCUAAUGUAGAUGAUAUAUAAUUAAUUGAUUAUUUAGCCAAGAAAUGUCCUUUUGAAAUCUUUUCAACCGACUACAAAUAAAAAACCAACCAACUUUGAAAAUUCUGUUUUGUUUGAAAGAGUAGGAAUGCUUCCUACAAAUUGGCAAAAAAGUGUAGAUACGGAACUAACUUUUCAUCCUCUUACAACACUAUUCAACUGUCAUUUGUUAGUGUCUAUGCUGUCAAAAGUGAUUAUUCUGUCGGCUUUGAAGGCUAUGAUGUUAUGGCUACGUUUACGUUUCUCGUAUUCGUGUUGGCAUAUUGGCGAUAAUGGCGCUUCUAUUAAUUUGUACUCUUUUUUGCCAGGCUAUACAUACUAGAGUAGUAAUUUUGCAGUGGCGAGGCGCGGAACGAUGACAGAAGCUUGGCUCGGCAAAAAGCUCCUAGCAAAACUGUUCUCUAGAAUGCUCGCCAGAACGCUCGAUAGAAUGCCCGCUAAAAUGUUUUCUUAUUUUCGCACGAAUGCUCAUCACAAGUGAAUGCUCAAGUCUAUCAGCACCUUGGCUAUUUUGUGUUUCUGCUUUUGGAUUUGGUACAUAUUACAGUCCAAAAUUUACAAUUACAUUACAGUCCCCAGUGAAAAAAUAGGAAAGGUUCUUUAAGUUGUUUAUUAUAAAUAAUAUUCUAUUUAGAUUCUCACAGUUGAUGCAAAUAGGACAUACUUAUGGGACAUCCUUUAAAAACUUGUAUACAUUGUCAAUAGCUUUUCUGAUGCAUUACUGCUGGUAUUCGUUAAUCCUAUUGGUCGGAGGUGAUGGUACAGUGUGAGUGUUUGUUUGCAUCGAGAGUUGUGUGAUAUUUGUGUAAUAUAGAUGAUAGUCGAAUUUGAAAUUCAUCUAACGCAAGGCGUUGUUUUUUUAUUAACCGACAUGACCGUGUUUUCGUUGUAAUUUUUUUUACAAAUCAUGUAGCUUUACAUUAUUGUUUUUACAUGAUAUCACGUACGUAAAUGUUCUGAUUUACUUACCUCAUUAUUGUCUAUUCCUACUACAUAUAACAUGAAGGUUUUUUCGUGUGAGUCGGUAGUUUGUUUUCAUGUAUCAUUUGAGAUACUUGUAUAAUAUUUAUAUGAUAUAGUAAUAAUCCAAAUAAUCGCAGAUUGAAUAUCAGGGCCUAACUCACGUGACAUUUAUAGUAAAUAAAUGACCAAGAUACCAAAAAUUCUUAUAUAGUUAGGUAUUGUACUAAAUUAUUCUUUAAUCAAAUUCCGAGAAAAUGCAAGCUUGAGUAUUGUGAUUAUAGAAAUUGCACUAGGAUGUAAACAUUUAGUUUUUAGUAAAUAAGUUACUAAAUGUCCAUGUCUCGAGCGGGAUGUUGAUAGAUAAUGCGAACUGCACGAUAAUGCGAGCCCGGUGACGUCAUCAGUGCGUGUCCGUUGACGUCAUCAGUGCGUGCCCGGUGACGUCAUCAGUGCGUGUCCGUUGACGUCAUCAGUGCGUGCCCGGUGACGUCAUCAGUGCGUGCCCGGUGACGUCAUCAGUGUGUGCCUGGUGACGUCUUCACUACGUGCUCGGUGACGUCAUCAGUGCGUGUCAGGUGACGUCAUCAGUGAGUGCUUGCGCGCGCGGUGAUGCGGGCGUAGGGAUGUGCGUCGUAAUUCCACACGAGUAUCAUGUUAAUAAUUUUGUAUUUGUUUGUGGACAAUAAAAAUUAUGAUUUCGAUCGCACAAGUUCUUUAUUUCUUUGUAAAUAACAAUUUAACAAAAUUAACGUAUUAUUGGUAAGUACUUAUUGUAAAAAAUGAGACAUUGGCCAGAAAAGAACAAAGAGGCGAACGCAUUCGGACUUAUUGUUUUUCAAACAAUUUUAAUAAACGCGUAUUUGGGGUACACUGCGUAAAUUUAAAUCUUACAAAUGUUUUUAUUUGUAAUAUGUUCUUGACAUUAAAAAAAAUAUCAACUUUUCUUUUUAAUUUUAAUAUUAUCUCAAAAUAUUGACACCAAUCUCCACUAAAUCGAGGGUCGUCAAAGAUAUUUUUGCAUCAAAAUAACCGUGCUACUUUUUAGUGCCGGGUGACUACUCAAGAAACCUAAAAUAUAUAGAAGCCUCAAAAGAUCCAUCGAUAAAGAACUUAGCUUAAUGGGAGGAUCAAUAUAUUUUUUAGUGGCCUGUUAGACAAUUGACCCAAUCUUAACACAAAGCUUUUCCCUUAGUUUGAGAGUAAAGGAGAAUAUUGGAUAAGUUAAAAGGAAAAAUAUAUGUUUUUUUAAUACCUACGCCUGAAUUUCUAAUGUGUGCGCGUAAAAUCAUUCUAAUUUCGCUUGUAAUUCUGAUUUCUGGUCAAUGUCUUUCGCAGUCACUUCCCUAUAUUGUCUGCUCUUAGGAACAGCUGCCUCGCGCUAACGUUAUAUUACAGAAAGUUAGUUACUGUACCAGUUUAUCCAUUCCAGUCUAUGUAUCUAUUAAUAAGGAAUAUGCAUGAAUAUGAUUUGAAUUAGCAGAUAUUUUUGCGUCAAACCAUCAUUAUGUUCAGUUCGAUAAGUGGUUUAAUUUUCUACGUUUAACGAGCACGCAUAACAAGCAACCAAAUGACGUAGCUCGUGAACAGAAAUAGAUAAACGUCAACCAACAACUCAACCGUAAAUAUCGCUAUCUCUGUCAUCUUUUGAAAGAGAGUUUUUUGUUGAGGCAAAACAGGUGACACUGGGAAUACUCUGCCGCCAUUAAGUGACGUUUUGUCUAUUUAUUUUCACGAUACAUGCCGUUGGUCGUAUGCUAGGCGUUCAGGCAUAUUAGAAAAGUCUUUGAACAUUUAUGACGUCAUAGUCCAAGUAAUGAUGUUCAACUCGAGAUUUUACUUUUAUUAUAAUUUUGUUGUCAGAAAUCGAUUAAAAAUAUAAAUGAAAUACAUGCAUAUUUCCUAUUUAUGUUUCGUUUUAGUUUUCCUUAGCAUUAAUGUUUUUUAUGCUGAGCAGGAGAUAAAACAUUAUAAGGCUUUCAUUGUUAAAUCUACUGGCAAACCAGAUACGCGUCUAGGUUAAAAAAAUGUCAAUUAAAUACAUUUUUCGUGAGUCUUUAUGUUCUUAUAUAUCAUAUUCAAAUAUUUAGAAAUGCUUGUUUACCAACUUUUAAAGGAUAAAGGAUUUAAAAAUCUUCAUACAGCUUUAUGAAAAUUUGAAAAUCAAUUUAAAAUAUUUAAACUUAACAAAUCGCAAUCACAGAAAAGUAUUUUAGCUGAGCAGAAAUAAUGAAUGAAAAAAAAAUCUUUAAAUAAUGUUUUGCUAUUUCAUGCUUCAGUGAAAACGCUACCUUAUCUUUGUUGCUUUAAAGGCACUAUUCAUAAAGAACCAAACAGUGUCAAUGUUAUAUUUUAAAUGAAGCUAUAUAAUUGUAUAUAUAUUUACAAAAAUGAACUAAUAAUAAUUAUAUUAGUUUGUUGUCAUUACUGAUUAUUACAUACAAUAUAUAGCAAAUUUAAUAUAUAAUUUUUGACCUUUUUUAGUGAUAUCUUUAGCGUUAUGACUGUCUAUUUUAGUUUGGGCCAACAUUUUAACCAAUUAAACAAUAAUUUAACCAUCUUGUAUAUCAAAUUCUACCUUCUAUAAUACGAAUCCAAAGAUUUCAAUAAUACGUGUGACUUGUCAAUUAUGAGAAGCAUGUGUUGAGUCUUUUCGGCGUAAGGUCACGGUAAAGUGAUAGGUUUAAAAUAGGCUGUGCUAUGGUAGGUGUCCACAUAUCCGCAUCGUUCGUAUCGAACGCAUCGCAUCAAACGGACCGUAGUAUUCUUUGUAUAGAAAGUCAUAUAUGUGCGUCCACUGAUCCUCAUCGUACGGAUCGCAAGAAUUUACGUAAAAUUAAAAGUCCGUUUGAAGCGAACGCGAAUACGUGGACGCCUAUCUUUAGCCCCAUGACAUUCACAUCUGUCUCGUUUAAUUUAAGAAAACUAAGGAUCUACACAAAACAGACAUUAAAUUGUGUGAGAUUCAUCGAACGACUUUUCCGAUGCUAGGUAAAAUUCCUUUUGAGUUUUAAGAUCGUAUCUGUGUUUUAUAAUGAAUGUGGUUAUGAAGACGGAGAUAAAUAGGCAAUAAAUUGGAAAAAAUCUUUCACCAAUGGAAAUCUACAUUAUCAUGGAAUAACAUAUGCUAUAUUUUAUCUCCGUAUUCCCACGUGAAUGGGAAUGGGAAUUACUUAUUUAAUGUUCCAAAGCGCUCGAGCUCGCUCGCACAAUUUGAAGCCCGGUUUGCGCUGACCCUAAAGACGCUGUUAAAUUUGAAAGUUCUAAAAUUAACUAUCCUUGUCUUGUAACGAAAUUUCUGUCUCAUUUAAUUUUAGAAACAUUAAGCCGGAUUUACAUUGGACUGUUGCGCUGUGUCUUUGCUUCAGCUGUGUUACUUUGAAAGUGUGUGUGUCUGUCUGUUUGUUUGUCCGCCUUUCAAGACAAAACAGAGCGACGAAUUGACGUGGUUUUAGGCUACUUUUUGUCUCUUUCUAACCCUCACCUUACGUCACUUCCCUAAAAUGGGUAAUGAAAGUUUGUAUAGAGCAUUCCGCAAUGUUCAAAGUAGAAAGUUAAAAAUUCAUAUGCAGACUAUUUGUGACUAUUUUAGGAUAGGGGUAGGGUACGGGUAGGGUAGGGAUAGGGAAGAAGUGCACAUAAGUCAAAGCGAAGCUUGACCGGGUUAGUAAGGGUUGAUCUCAACAUUUUCUGACAAGUAUCGGAUAUCUUAUUCGCUAGUUUCGUCUUUAUCAUUUGACACAAAGUAAGAUAAAGACUUUAGAGAUAGAUAACUUACGUUUAGACUGUCCGACAUUUAUUAGAACGAAGGUGGUGAAAACGGCCCUUAAUCUAAUUCUGUGUAGUAAUAUGUAAAGUCACAGUACAUCAUAUACUACGACCUAAGAUUUCGCGGAUAAAUUCAUGACUAUGUACAUGAUUUAUUAAUGGUUUCAUGAUGACUUGAAUAAUCAAGCAUAGGAUCUUAUGAUUUACUAGUCGUCUCGCCGCAGUUCCACCCGCGUAGUUCCCGUUCCCGUGAACGGCCAUAAAAAAAUCCCGUGAACGGAAAAAAAUAUAGCCUACGACACUCAAAAAUAACGGGGCUUUCUAUUGGUAAAAGAAUUUUCAAAACCAGUUCCGUAGAUUCAGAGAUUACCCCAAACAACACAAACUUUACCUCUUUUUUAUUAAUAUAGAUGACAGCGCAUCAGUUUAAUGUGAAUCUUUAAAUUUGCUUCAGAUUUUGAUAUUAAAUACAGUUUAACCGGUUUUUCUACUGAAGUAGUACAACUUUUGACCAAUUACUGAUUGUUCCAUAGCAGAUAUUAUACUAUUAAAAUAAAACGUAAUAUUUUCUAAUUGAUAUAAUUCUCUCUAUGUAAACAUUAUUAGAUCAUAUUUUCAUAUAAAAAAAAAUCUCAAAUUAAUUGUGGUAAUGAAAUGUGUACAACGUAAAUUUUAAGAUUGCUGUAAGUAUUAUUAGAAAGUAAUUAGAAAAUUAAUAAUUGUAAUUCAAUAUGACGAGAUGUAUGGUGUGUGAAUAAAGGUAUGUGUUCACUGUACGACGUUUGUCGCGCAACACGACUAUGGGUUUGUUUCUUGCUGCGCCUCAAAUGUCGCCAAGUGUAUACGUGGCUUAAAUAUGGAGGUUGUUUUGUUCCAAACAAAAAUGUUAUUUAUUUAUGAAUAAACAAAUUUUGAAAUA